CACCGCUGGCCUACCUGUCCCUCCGUUCCUCCUCGACUUGCUGUUCUCCCAUCUGUUCUCUUCUGGGUGUACUGAGUUGGAUAGCUACGCACCGCCUCUAUGCUUCGUGUGCGUCAUGCACCGUUUAAGUCUCUCCGACGUCUCCACUGCAACAAUACUCGCCGUGCUUUCUCUGACGCAUCGCAAAGUCAACCAAGUGACACCACUCCGGAGAGCGAUGUCCAUCUCAGGGACGUGGGAGCGCCGGUAGCUUCAGAGCCAUCGACUGGAUCAGUGCACCAAGAGUCACAUACUCAGGCCGAUAAUGCGCCGGAACUUGUGUUCGGGGAGACAAGUCCUGACCAUGCAUCGUCAUCAUUCCUAGGUGGCGGCCCCCUUCUAUUAGAUUUGGCCUUGGGGAAACUCCCGAAGAAUUCGCUAUCCCACAAAUUGCUCAGUAAACUAGAAGCGACGAAACAUCACAUUCCUGUGCCGCCAUUGACGCGAAGUCACACCAGAAAGGGAAACGUGAAGGGAAGGAAAAUGGAGACGCCUCGAGUGCGAGGUUUGCUUUCCCCCUUUGAUCGAAUGAGGCUUCAAGAUGCUUCCCGUUCACCGUCAGAGCUGUCUUUGAAGCCCCCAGUGUUGCAACACGAGCUUGACCGAGUCCUGACCAACCCUGGCGUACAUUGGCUCACCGAACCUCGCACAUCACACGACAACUUUCCGAGCUACCUCAAAGAAGUGCCGAGUGCCUCAGAAUUUGCCUUCCAGCGACUGCGAGGCUUCGUACCCAGCUCUCAGGAUGACGACAUGCACAGAUUGGCGAAGCAAAAUCGCUGCAGCUUCGUGGGGUCGACUUCCUCGUUAACCGGAAUGCUCAGCCAGAUAUACCUCCUACUCUGCGAACACAAGCCUGUCGACCUGAGCACCCUUAGUGCGCACUAUCAGAGCAAGGCUCGCAAUUUCACCCAAGGGCAGCGAAUGCCGAUAUCCGUUUCGCUUAAAUACAAAGACGGUCUUUAUUCCACCGACUCCGACGUGGAUCACCUUAGUCAAAUGGGAUCCUCAGUGACCCUACUUAGCCAACUGGGAAUGGUGAUGGAAAAAUUCUUCACAAUGGAUUUGAGUGAAUUCAAAAGUGCCUUCAUGAAGGGGGAAAGCGAGACAUUUACCCAUCAAGGAGAGGCUUAUCGUUAUGCAAUCCAUAAUAAGUUCAUGAUGCGCGCACAGCUGGAUUGUCACUCGCCCGUUCUUCCUGGUACUGGUGUUUUUGACAUCAAGACCCGUGCAGCGGUGGCUGUUCGCUUGAACCUCCCGAAGUACAGAGACAACUCCAAUUACCGGAUUUAUUCUAUACAGGGCCCUUGGAUGAGCUUCGAGAAAGAAUACUACGACCUGAUUCGCUCGGCAUUUCUGAAGUACAGCUUCCAGGCGCGGAUAGGCAACAUGGACGGCGUCUUUGUCGCGUACCACAACACGCACGAGAUCUUCGGCUUCCAGUACAUCCCGCUCGAAGAGAUGGACCGGCGGCUCUUCGGCCAUGACCAGGGGCACCGCAUCUUCACAAAAUGCAUCAGCCUCCUCGAGGUAUUGUUCGAAGAGAUCACCACUCAUUUCCCGAAGCAGAGCGUUAAAUGCACCUGGGAGACGGCCUCAACCGGGAAGGUGAUGCGCAUCUGGAUCGAGCCCGCCGAGUGGAGAGAAGGCGAACAGAAGCCCAUCGUGCAGCUCAACGUCACUCUAUCCCACUACCUCGGCAGUCUACGGGUCUCGGGAAAAGAGGCCGUGACCUCGAGGAACGGUGGCUGGACGGUCUCGUACCAGAUCGCCAAGAGCAGCCUUUCGCAGCGGGAGAUUUACAAGCGGCGCCGCGGGGCGUUCAACACGCAGCUCCGCGUCUUCCAGUAUCGCCUCGAUGUCAAUGAGCGCAUAGAGCGCCGCGAGGACAUUGACCUGACCGAUCUCAAACCGCUGUCGUUCGCGUCCAAGCGGGGUGGUCACUGGUGGUCACCGUCAGCUGAGCCCUCGGAGCCUUCUUCGGCCGCCUCGGAGCUUGUGAAGAAGCUAACGCGUACUCUGCCUGAGAGCACAUAGUCAAUUUGAGCUCGCGGCUGCACUUCCUCGCCAGCCGGCCCGAAUGUUCUAGGUAGGAACGCUCGAGUUCAUGAACCCACAUCCGGGCGUGAGCCUCGGGCGUCCAGGACUUAUCGUAGCAGCACGACGCACCAGCCGUAGAAUAUACUAAGUUGCUGUAGGCGCUUCAAUGCAGGACGUCCCAACCUGCCGGCCGUGGCCCAUCACC